GUCUAUACUGAACAUGCUAAAUCGCAGGAAACAUAAUUUAUUUAAUUUCAUCUAUAGAAUAAUCAGGAAAGCCUCCGUAUUUGAAAAAUGAACUUUCAACUCUUAAUCAUAAUUACGGAACAAGAUAUAACCAGAAUAUUUUUAUUACUCCUCGACAUAGGUCUGCAGAAUUUCAACUUCUUUUUCAUUUCUUGCACUUCAAAUGUGGAACAGUCUAUAUAAUAAUGUAAAGAUGGAGAAGCGAGCAUCUGAUGGUAGAUGUGUAUGUUUGUGUGGAUGUGUUUCGAUGUGGUUAACUGUAUUAGGGCUCGUCGGUGUGGCUUCGCGUCUGUUGCUUUCUGCCGCUCUUCUCCCCCUUUCCGGUGCUCCCCUCCCGUCGGAACGAUGACAUUUUGAGGGUGUAAGUACAUAUUUUUUUUUUCUGUGAUAUCAAUGGUUCAUGUUCAUAAUAAAUUAAAUCAUUAAAUACCUAAAUAUUGUUUAUAUAUUACAGUUUGUGUAAAUUAGUGUAUAA